AUGUUUCACUCGACACCAUUCACGCAUCAAGUCCCUAUCAACAAUGAGUCUGAAAACUAUGUUGUGGGCAGUGAACUCGGUCUUUCCGGAAGAUUCGUACGAAACCUUUGCGAUCCUGUUAUUCAAGCAUUGAUGCCGCUGUCUGAAAUGCACUCCGUACGAUUCGCUGAUAUCCAAGCUCUCACCUUCUCUGAUAGAGUUAUCCCAGAUAUCGCUUUCGGUCUCGUUGUGAAUCCAGAAUCCUCUGCUUCUCUUGGCGGCACUUCUAUGGUUGGCGAGUUUAAGACACCCUGGACAGUGAAUUUCCACGAAAUGGAAAUCAAUUGUCCAAACCCACACCCUCGCUUAGAAACUCUGAUUGCCCAAAUGCGAAUGGCACGGGUCAGAUACGCCUUUUUGACUACGUAUAACUUCAUUGUGUUUAUUAAGAGAGCUAGCGACCUUUCGUACCUCCUCUCACGGCCCAUCGGAUAUGAUUGUCAAGGCCCGUCCCUCCGAGAAAUGUUCUUUGGAUUUUGUCUUCUGUCCAGGUUAGAUCCAAAUUACCAUGAAAGUGACCCUAACACGGCGAUAAUGGCAAGUGCCUAUCUAGGCUAUGCCUUCUUCGUCCAAGAUUUACCUCCCCUAGGCACCCCCCAGACUAUCACACCGACUAGCGUGGCUAUUGAAUGUAGCACCACAACACCUGUGAUUAUUAACUGCGUGGAACAAAUGUCACUUCCCGACAACCGGGAAAAGGCGGUGUGGUUAGCAGAAAUAAAUGGAGUUCGACGAGUACUAAAAUGCUGGAUACCUGACUUAGAUGCACCAUUUGAUAAUGAAGCCGGUGUUUACCAUCGCCUAGAAACAGCCCACCCGGCUGGAUGUUAUCUUUUCCCUAAGUGUAUUGCAAGACAAGUGGUAUGCUCGAGUCUAUUUCCGGCAGGUUACGUGAUUAUUAUGGAAUACCGGGAGGGGGAGCGACUCUCUGAUAUCUGGUAUAUGCUUAAUGUAGCUGAGCGAGCCUACAUUGAAAACGAAUGUUUAAAGGCUAUCCACGCGCUUCGUGAAAUAUCUAUUCGUCUUGACGACCCUGGGAAGCACAAUGUUCUAUAUGCAAGAGAGAGCAGGGCUGUGACUCUUAUCGAUUUUGAGGUUGCGGCGCCGCUUACGGUAAACACUUUCAUUCCUACCUCCUACGAGAUGAGAAAAAUCUUCAAUUCAAGCUUGCUUCUCACAGGCGAACAAGGCGGCUAG